AUAUAAUAAUAAGAGUACCGUACAUGUGUUUGUGUCUGUCUGGGUUCAUUUGAUUCAUUGACGAGAAUGAUGUCUUGAGUUGGAAGCUUCGGUUUUUCAUUUUCUCUCUCUCUCUCUCUCUCUCUCUUUUCAGAUCUCCAUUUUUUAAAAUUCAAUUUCCCCUUUCUCUCCAUUUCUAGGGUUUUUAUUUUUACGCUUCGAUCUUCCGUUUCUUCGCUGAUCUACGCUCGAAGGGUUUUGAAGUGAUUGAAGUGGAUUAGCUUUGAGAUUGCUUAUAGUUUUGUAGGGUUAAGGAAUCUUGAUGGAUAAGGACAAAUCUUUGGGUCUUGGUAGUGGUUUUCCACCUCCAUCUGGUCGUUAUUCGGGUUACUCACCCACUGGAAGUGCUUUCAAUGUGAAAUCUGAACCCUCAUCGUCAAAUUAUCCUCCACUUAUACCGGGAACUAGCUCAGAUUCUAGUGGCUUUAGUCAUGAUAUUAGCAGAAUGUCUGAUAAUCCCCCGAGAAAUAGAGGUCAUAGGCGUGCUCAUUCGGAGAUUCUCACCUUGCCCGAUGAUAUUAGCUUUGAUAGUGACCUUGGUGUAGUUGGUGGUGCUGAUGGACCCUCAUUCUCUGAUGAUACUGAGGAGGACUUGCUAUCCAUGUACCUUGAUAUGGAUAAAUUUAAUUCUUCGUCUGCAACGUCCUCAUUUCAAAUGGGUGAGUCGUCUAAUGCUGCUGGAGCAUCAGCUUUGGGACCAACGUCGGUGGGGCAGGCAUCAGGAGGGGAAAAUAUUGGUGGUGGCACUACUAAUGAAAGGCCCAGAGUUAGACACCAGCACAGCCAAUCCAUGGAUGGGUCGACAACCAUCAAACCUGAGAUGUUAGUCUCGGGUUCAGAUGAUAUGUCUGCAGCUGAUUCCAAAAAAGCAAUGUCAGCAGCCAAGCUUGCAGAGCUUGCCUUGAUUGACCCCAAGCGUGCAAAAAGGAUAUGGGCAAAUAGGCAGUCUGCAGCGAGGUCAAAAGAGAGGAAGAUGCGCUACAUUGCUGAGCUUGAAAGGAAAGUGCAGACAUUGCAAACGGAAGCAACAUCUUUGUCUGCACAAUUAACUCUCUUGCAGAGAGAUACGAACGGACUGAAUUCUGAGAACAGUGAGCUGAAGCUGCGGUUGCAAACCAUGGAGCAACAAGUUCACUUGCAGGAUGCUUUAAAUGAUGCGUUAAAAGAGGAAAUUCAGCAUUUGAAAGUACUGACUGGGCAAGCUAUUCCACCAAAUGGAGGACCUAUGAUGAACUUUGCUUCUUUUGGAGGGGGGCAGCAGUUCUAUCCCAAUAAUAAUCAUGCCAUGCACACUCUUUUAGCUGCACAACAGUUUCAACAGCUCCAAAUUCAUCCUCAGAAGCAGCAGCAGCAUCAGCAGCAGCAGCAGCAUCAGCAUCAGUUUCAGCAACAAAUGCAGCAACAACAGCAUCAACAGCAACAAAUGCAGCAGCAGCAGGAGCAACAGCAACAACAGCAACAAUCAGGUGAUUUGAAAAUGAGAGCAGCCACACCUCCAUGUUCCAAAGACAAUCCUUCAUCAGAUGUAAAUCCUUCUGUAGCCAAGGAUUGUUGAGAAACUACCCGUCUUAUCACUUUCUAGAGUUUCUUUUGACUCAGUGUCCUAGUGUUUGUAGGUUCCAGCCUUGUUAUAUUUUUUAUUCUUAAACAGUACAAAUGUUCCCAGUUAGAGAUUUAGAAUAAUGCACUGCGUCUUUGUUAUGUAUAAUACUAAAAUUUGUUGGUACCUCAGUUAAUUGGCUAUGGAUAUAUCGGGGUAGGGAUGUUUUUGUCAAAUAUCCAAUAACUUUGUUGUUUACUUUGUUGAAUGAGAUGUCAUAUGAUAUCUCCUUAGGAAAUGUUCUUCCUACCAUUUAGCAUUUCACCAACGCCAUAGAAUUGAGGUUUGCUUGCAACAAAGUAAGAAACAUGCUGAAGGUCUUAGACAAGAUAUCCUCUGUCCAUGUCCUCUGAGACAAAUCAUGCAGCAGAUGAAUUGGCAAAUGCGGGUGCAGAGCACUGUGACUUCUGGUUGUAAUGGUAGUUUAAGGAUUUUUGAAUGGUUAGUAUGUUUGCUCUGUUGCUGUCA